GGAUAGGAUUGCACAGUAGCAUGACCACGUGGGCCAGCAACUUGUCAGGCUGAGCUCGUGGUGGGACUCCUGGAACUGCUUCAGAAGCUUUUUGAUUUGUGAAGACUUGACCAUGAACACCUCCAUAUCUAAGAGUGCUUCUUGGAGGGCAUAUUACUUUCUUCCUUACUAAAACUUUGUGCUAGUACUAGUGCUAGGACGGCUGCUGCUGCUGCUGCUGCUGUUGCCACUGUGAAGACGGCGACGACGACUACUACUUCUACUGCCACUGCUGCUGCCAGUGCUAGUGCCAGUGCUACUGCCACUGCUGCUGCCACCCUGCCACCGCUACUACUGCGACGACCAGGAAAUUGGCCUUGAGUUGCUCUACAUCACCAGCACAGAUAGUGCAGGAGGUAUGGACAACGUGGUGGGCCUCACCGGGCUUCGUGCAUUGAGGAUCUUGCGGAUCACCCGGCUGGUGAAGUUGGCUCGGGUUGCACGGAUUCUCCGUUUCGUGAUGGCUUUGCGUACUUUGACCCAGUCAAUCAUCUACACUUUGAAAUCUUUGAUAUGGGCUAUCUUCUUGCUCUUUCUGAUCGUGUACAUCUUUGGGAUACUUUUCCUUCAGGCAUUGAAGGAUUAUGAGAGCGAUCCCCACGUCUCACUGACGGAUGAGGAGUUGGCCGCGAAGGAUCUCUACUUCCGUAGUUUGUGGAUUUCCAUGCUGAGCCUCUUCAUGAGCAUUGCGGGUGGUGUGAGCUGGGGACAGCUGCUGCUGCCCUUGCAUGCAAUUUCGACUGUUUGGAUUUGGGUCUUCCUUUGCUACAUCUCCUUCACGUACUUCGCAGUCCUGAACGUCGUUACGGGGGUAUUUUGUCAGAGUGCAAUAGACUCAGCGCAGAGCGACCACGACGCUGUUCUCCAGUCAAUCCUGGCAAACAAGCAGGCUCAUAUUGAAAAGAUCCGAUACUUGUUCAAUGAGAUUGAUGCAGAAGAGGUCGGCGUCAUCACUUACCAGAUGUUUCAGGACAAAGUUGGCACCAAGGAAGUGCAGACGUAUUUCGAGUCCAUUGACCUGGAUAUUUGGGAUGCAUGGUCAUUCUUCAAACUUUUAGAUCUGGAUUCAGGGGGUGCCAUUGAGGUGGAGGAGUUCUUGAUGGGCUGCCUCCGUUUGCGUGGAAAUGCCCGUGCCAUGGAUAUGGCGAAACUCUGCCAUGACCAGGCAUGGCUGAUCAGAAACCAGUCGCGUUUCUGGAACUUUGUAGAGGAGGAGCUGAUCCGCACACGACAGCGGCUCGAUCAGCUCACGGAGCAGCAGGCAAAUUAGCAGUGGUGGAGACGGCAUUCUGGAGCGGAGCAGCAACGCCAAUGAGUCUUUCCGCAAACAUGUUGCCUGUCACCUCACAUUUUUGUCCCUGUAAGAGCGAGCUUCUCGUCCUGCCAACUGUUUACAAAUCAUGCGUCAUACCG